AUGCGAUAUGUCACCGUGGAACCAGAGGAGGCACUGGAACGAAAAAUCGAGGAAUACAAACCUCGAGAGACAUGCAACACUACACAAACCAAGAGUAACCUUUUUAGUCUGCCAGCGGAGAUUCGGAUGAUGAUCUGGGAGUAUGUCGUAGCUGAAAAGCUCAUCAUAUUAUAUCGGAAGGACGACCAGAUUACAUCCAGUUUUCUAGACAGACACGGUACACUGAGUGUUACCAAGGUGACUUCACAUAUUGUGUACGAUGUAGCAAGUAGAUCUAAACCCAAGUUACCACCAACGAGGUCCAAGUCGAAAGCUGACCUCAUGGCCUUGCUUCACACAUGCCAAACGAUAUCUCUGGAGGCAACCAAGGUCUUCUACCAGGAAAACACAUUCGUCUGCCUUGACAGCACCGUACUAGUCGAUCUGUGUAACGGAUGGUCCUCGUCCAACAUGUCUCUCAUUCGCUCUUUGCAGUACUCCAUUGGUACCCGCAAAUUCUUCUCGUGUGCAAGCACCCAAUCAGAGCGCGAAAUGGUACCGUCUCCUUGCGAUGUUGAGACAUCGGAGAGCGUUAGCAAAGUCUUCCACCGGCGGUUUCCCAACCUUCGAACCCUAUCGAUAUUUCUUUAUGGACCCCCCAGCCAUCAUGAAGAAUAUGCAAAUAUGCUAGGACAUUUGCAAAACGUCUAUGUGCAAAGGAUAUCGAUAACGAUGAACGCACUAGAGUUACCGGGAGCCUACUUUGUUAAGAACGCUACCCUUCCUCCUUUACUCUACACUGAUGGAUGCGUCAGGGCAGUGGUAAGCUCGAAGCGUCCUGGAUGUUUUAUCUCGUACCAGAAGGCAAUUGAAUGGGAAUAUCCGGGAAUCGAAGAUGACACAUGGAGAACUGGGUCACUGUGGCUCGGACCUCUUCAUGAAGCAGACGCGACGUUGAAGUUAUUGACUUAUGCAGUGCUUAUACCCGAGGAGGAGAAAGAGUAUGCACUGCAAAAACAUGAACCGGCCUUACUAUGGGACAUUACUCCUGCUGAUUGGUAUAGCAGCUGUAGCUUCGCAUGA